CCUCCCCUACGGAAAGGUUAUUUGGUAGUACAUGCUAAAAGCAGCUAGCGGAAGAUAAACAGAAAGCUUGUUCAACAUGGCAGAGACUCACAGCUUGCAGGACAUGAGGCAACAGGCAGCCAUCGCUGCCAAAGUCUUCAUUCAGAGAGAUUAUACCAACGGCACUGUGUGCCAGUUCCAAACCAAGUUCCCCUCUGACCUGGAGACCAGGAUUGACAAACAGCAGUUUGAAGAGACAGUUCGGACACUGAAUAAUCUGUACGCUGAGGCGGAGAAGCUGGGAAGCCAGUCAUAUAUCGAGGGCUGUCUGGCCUGCCUCACAGCGUACACCGUCUUCCUGUGUAUGGAGACUCACUAUGAGAAGGUUUUGAAGAAGAUUGCAAAGUACAUUCAAGAGCAGAACGACAAGAUCUACGCACCAAGAGGCCUCCUGCUCACCGACCCCAUCGAGAGAGGCCUGCGAGUCAUUGAGGUCACCAUCUUUGAAGACAGAAGCCUGACCAGAUAAAAGCUGCCAUGGAGUUGCUUUGCUGAGCGGAGCUUCAGGGUCUUCAGCAGCCCAGCACCAGUGCCCACCUCCCUGAGGACCACCCAGACCUGCACCCUUAAUACUGCGUCUCUACAAUCUAUUGCUUCCCACUAGCGUACGCACGUCCCCUUCAGAGUAACUCUUACCACCGAGUUUCUUCCUCGACAUUCAGAUAUGAUUUUACUAGUGACACCCUUGUCCCUGCUCACCAGUUGGGGUGUUAAGUUUGUUUUAGUUUAGCGAUGAAUUUGAAAAGGUUUCGUUGGUCAUGUAGAGAGCUGGAGUUGCAGUGCUCCUUCAGACAAGAAGAGAAAACUAACUCAGUCACACAAAUUAUUGUCACUCACAAAUCUCUUCAGGCCACCAGUAAGUUGUUCUUUGUUUGUCUUGGACUAGAAAAGCUUUUUGAUUAAUAGUAUUUGUGGAAUUAAGAACUUUUGUAUAUUUCUUUCUCUCUCUCUUGGGACACUCCUUUUUGAAUAAUGAAGUCAAGACACAGGGUAUCUUAUUUUUAUGAAUGAUUAUGGAGCUCACCCACCCAAGUGAUUGUCUUGGAUGAACUGAGAAUAUAAUUUCAUCCAGAAACAAGAGAACUCUGAUUAUCAGUCUGAUUAAGUGCAUGUGUUGAACCACAGUUUCUUCUUAUUGAUGUUUUUUUUGUUGUUUUUUUUUGCAAGGGUGCUCUGUAGUUUAUCACUUCCCCCGCAUGUUUCCUUUGUAGGGUUUGACCUUCUAAUGAAAUGACGACACUGAACUUUGUCAGACUCCAAACAUUCCAGUCAAACCGUCACAGAUUCUAAUCUUAAUCUACAUAUUUCCUUUGUAUGCAUUGAUUUAAGAUUAUAUUCCUUCUGAAAACCCAGAUCUUGUGCUUGCUCUGUAUUGUGCAUGUAAUAUUGUUAAUGCUAUUCCUCAAGUCAUGGUUACUUUUCUUUGUAAACUGUGCUAUGCAUAGUGUUUGGUGACUACUGUUGAUUUUUGACUCAUGUCUAAUAAGCAUAAUAUACAUAUAUUGUGAGAAUGCCUUUGACCGAAGUAUUAAAAGUGCUCUUGUUAGUUGACAGUGCCUGUAAUGGCUUUGAAUGUUGCCUUUCUGUGAGUCUAACAGUGAGAUCACACAGAUCUUAUUGCUAACAAGCUUCUAAAACCCAAGAUUAUGAUCCUGGACUGACUGUAAGUGUAGCAGCAGAACCUCAGUUUAUGUUAAUGACCCUUAACGAAGGUUGAAGAUACUGUAGUAUGUGUGGCUGAUAAUGUUCAAGCGUCUCAGACAUCUUGUGAAUGUGGUCUGACAGAAACUCAUUUGAAGCAUCUUUAAUAUGAAUUAACACUAGAAAUAUGUACAAGUGUAAUUUUUUGGAAUGCCAUAGCUAAAAGAUCAACAACUGUCUUGAUUUUUUUUAAAAUUAUGUAAAUACAUUUUCAUGAAUAAUUUUGGAUUGAACUCAUCCUUUAUUUAUCAGGAGUUUGGUUAAUUGAACUUUUGUAUGUUCAUUUUUUUUCAGUUGAAAUCCAAAUGUUUUACCAAUCAAACAGUUGUAUGCUAAUAAAUAAAAUGUGUACAUAUUUUA